AACAACUCCUAGCUACCAAAGUAAGUUAAGGAUAAUUGAUGAAGUAUUUGUCGAAAAGAGGUUUGAUGAAGGACCAAAAGCGGAAGAUGAUAGGUAGGCAAGGGACAGUUUGUGUAAAUGAAAGGGGAUGGAUGGAUUUUGUUAUCCGAUAUAUAGUUGGUUGAAGGAACAGCAAAAACGCACCCGAGAGAUUGACCGUAUUAUCAUUACGCCGCAAUAAUGGAAUCAUUACUUCCGGUCGUCAGCUUAUCCGUUUCUCAUAGUUCUCUGAGACCUGGUCAAUCUAAGAAUUUUAUGGUCAAAUACUCAAGUGGAAGGUUACCAGCAAACAGAUUGAUUCCAAGAAGGCUUGUUCUAGACUCACUUGGAUUCAUACCCAUGUUGUUUAAUGUUCCUCUUCUUGCUGGAGCCUUGGAGAUGAAGGAACCUGAAGCUAUUCGGGCACAGAAGCUUGAUGAUGGAGUGCGGAUACAAGAUAUCAUUGAUGGGGAAGGUCCAGAAGCUCGCGAAGGGGAUCUUGUUGAAUUCAAUUAUGUAUGUCGGCGCUCAAAUGGAUAUUUUGUACACAGUACGGUUGAUCAAUUUAGUGGAGAAAGCUCCCCAGUUAUACUUCCUCUGAAUGAGAAAGAGAUUAUCAAGGGUUUGAAAGAGGUCAUAACUGGAAUGAAGGCUGGAGGGAAGAGAAGGGCAUUGAUACCUCCUUCUGUAGGAUAUGUUAACGAGAACUUGGGGCCAAUUCCUGACGAGUUUGGUCCUCGACGCAGCCUUUUGUCUCAUGUUAAGGAGCCCUUAAUAUUCGAGGUGCAACUCCUCAAGGUUUUAUGAAUAUUUAGCACGAAGCUUUAAUUUUAGUUCAACUAUGAUGUAAUCAUAAGCAUGAUUUAAUUUGGCAGGAGUAGACAAGUUACUGAACCGCAAUACAUAACUUUCUGCUUGUUAUGAUCCAGUGAACCAAUUUUCACCUUUUUGACUUAUGCACAACAUGGUAGAAGUUUGUGUUCUCA